GCCGAUGUCGGUGCGGGCGGGGCAACGGUGUUUGGUGGGGCGGGUCCCCCGCAAACCCAUCCCUGUACACGCUGCGACGCGUGGAAUGUUCCUGCGAGUCUAGCGCUCCUACUAUUACUAUUCCUUGUCUCGACCGUACUCACCAUGUACAAAGUACUGCGAUCGUAUUCGAAGAAGGCCGAGCGCAAGCAAGAAGUGUCUCGAGCAAGCGAUCGGAACGGACACAUAGCCAGCAAUUAUUACGAUGAAGCGCACCACAAGGGCUACGAGAACGGUCACCAUGCAAAUGGGCAGCUUUUGGCUGUAGAUAACAGACAUCUGAGCAACGCCUAUGCCGCUGGACAAGCAUUCUCUGAAAGUAGCUCCUAUGAGACGAGGGAACAUUUUGAGCGAAAGGUGCAGCGCGUGAAGAAGACUCGGGGCGAACGCGAACGUUCUCGCAGUUCUCGCAGAGGAGACGAGGUAAUCUUCUAG